GGCUUACCACGGUCACACUUAAAUCGAAAUCACGUUGUCUUUGAGUUGAAGCUGCAAAAGCUGUCAAAAUUUCGUAAUAAUUCGUGUAUUGUUUAGCAAAAUUGGCCUCUAAGAGAGAACCCAGGAAGUACCACACACCCAUCGAGCGCUUAAAGGAGCAGAAAGAGAGCGGAGUAUGUCGUGGCUUUUGGGAAGGAACCGUCAGCAGCCGCAGCCAGAACCGGCGGGCUCGGAUGGAGGAGGGGCUGAUCCGGAGGGCAAGACGGCCGGCGAACGUUCUGGAGACUCGCAGCUGAGCCGAGCGGAGCGCAAGGCCAUGGAGGCGUACCGGUUCGACUCCUCCGCCUUAGAAAGGGCGGCGGAUGCGGCCAAGACACUAGAGCGGUCAAAACAUGCGCGCGAGGCUCUGGAGCUGUCCAAGAUGCAGGAAACCACCCGGCAGGUGGAGUACAACACCAAGGUCAAGGAGUACGAGGCGCACAUCGAACAGGCCAAGGUCGAGCAGAAGCGGAUCGACCAUGAGGAGCGCCGAAAGACUCUUAUUGAAGAGACCAAGCAGCAGCAGCAACGGGCUCAGUACCAAGAUCAGCUAUCCCGGAAGCGGUAUGAGGACCAGCUCGCGCAGCAGCAACGAGUCCAGGAAGACAAUCUGCGCAAGCAGGAAGAGAGUGUGCAGCGCCAGGAGGCGAUGCGCCGUCAGACCAUCGAGCACGAAAUUGAGAUGAAGGAGAAGAACCGACUUAAGCUGCUGGAGCAUGAGCUGCGGGCCAAGGCUCGUGUUGACCGCGAGAACCGGGACAUCAACCUUGAAAAAAUCAGGUUGAAAGCUCAAGAGCACCGAACAACUGUUUUGGAGGGAAUCAAAACGGCUGGUACUGUCAUUGGUGCAGGAGCGGAGGCCAUGCUUACCGAUUGGGACAAGGUUCUAACUGCUGCUGGAGGCCUGUCGCUUCUCGCUCUGGGCGUGUACUCCGCCAAGGGUGCCACCGGCGUCGUCUCCCGCUAUGUUGAGGCUCGCAUCGGCAAGCCCACACUAGUGGGGGAGACUUCCCGCUUUGCCUUCCUGGACGCUCUGAAGCACCCACUGAAUUACUUCAAACGGCUUCGGGCCAAGCCCGCCGACGCCCUGCAGGGUGUCGUACUGAACCCAAAGCUUGAAGAACGGUUGCGUGACAUCGCUAUCGCCACGAAGAACACGAGGAUCAACCGUGGUCUGUAUCGGAACGUAUUGAUGCACGGUCCUCCUGGAACUGGUAAAACUAUGUUCGCCAAGAAACUGGCUGAGCAUUCCGGCAUGGACUUUGCGAUCAUGACUGGUGGCGAUGUAGCACCCAUGGGAAAGGAGGGCGUAACAGCCAUCCACAAGGUGUUUGACUGGUCAAACACAUCGCGGCGUGGCCUGUUGCUGUUCGUGGAUGAAGCAGACGCUUUUCUGCGCAAGCGUUCGUCGGAGAAGAUCUCCGAGGACUUGCGUGCCGCCCUUAACGCCUUCUUAUACCGUACCUCUGAGCAGAAUCCCAAGUUUAUGUUAGUGCUUGCCUCCAAUACACCGGAACAGUUUGACUACGCAAUCAACGAUCGUCUUGACGAGAUGGUGGAGUUCACACUUCCCGGUCUGGAGGAGCGAGAACGACUGUUGCGCCUGUACUUCGAUAAGUACGUUCUGCAGCCUGCAGCUUCGGGAGCCAAGCGCUUUAAACUAGACACCUUUGACUACGGUAAGACGUGCUCGAAGAUGGCUGCCCUGUGUGAGGGUAUGUCCGGUCGUGAAAUCUCCAAGCUUGGCGUGUCUUGGCAGGCUGCUGUCUACGCCUCUGAAGAGGGCCUCCUUACAGAAAAGAUGGUGCUGGAUAGGUGCUACUCUGCUGCUCAGCAACAUAAACAGAAGAUGGCAUGGCUUUCGGAACAGGAACGGGCCGACCACAAGUCCAUCACUGGGGCCGCUGCCCCGCCGCUUACUCUCACUGCCAAUAAAUUGUGAGGCGCUGUCGCUGGCGGAAAGUUGAUGUUGAAGCAGAUGCUGUAACUGCAUUCAAACCUUGUUUAGUUUUUAGACUUUACUUUAAGAUGGCAACGCACAGGGCUUUAUCUGACUAUCGGAUGCCACGCAACAGCCAUGAAAAUGAACUUUUGUGUGCAUACAUGUACAUAACGCAUUUAACAGCCGGUACAAAAUCGUUGAGCGACUCACGUGUGUGACUGAAGAUACAAUUAAGUUGUACCCACUGACAAUUGUAUUAUAAGCUUGCAUUAACUGUCUCAAUAGUGUGUACAAUAAGAGGUAUAUAUUUUAACUGCUGUUGUUGCAUUUCCUAUGUUAAAGCUUUGGACGUCGAAUUGGAACUCGCCGCGCCAGCACUCUGAGAGAUUUAUAUUAAACUUCUCGCUGGCGCCGGACUCUAAUUUAACUCGUUCGGCAGUUUUCCUAUAUGAUAUAUGAAAUAAAUAUGUAUAGGCUACUUGUUAAAAAAAAA